AUGGCGGCGGCGGCAUCACACAUCUUGGGGACAACGGCAGCGCCACGCAUCUCAGAUCGUGGAGGAAAUCUCAACAGCCAUAGGCAGUGGGGCAGCUGCGACGGGACGGCUGGGGAGAAGCGGGACAAGUCAUUGAUGAUGCUCCGAGAACGCGGUCGUUCAGCUCCGCGAUACUUCGUCGAGGAGGUCAUGCCCGGCGUUGACGAGACCGACCUUUAUAGGACCUGGGUCCCCACGUCGGCUACGUGGAGCCCCCAGGAGCAGAACACGCCACUGGAGAACAUGUUGCGCAGGAUGUAG